AUGACCAAGCGCACCAAGAAGGUCGGUAUCACCGGCAAGUACGGUACCAGAUACGGUGCCUCUCUGCGUAAGCAGGUCAAGAAGGCCGAAGUUUCGCAGCACGCCCGUUACAUCUGCACCUUCUGCGGAAAGAACACCGUGAAGCGCAAGGCUGUUGGUAUCUGGGAGUGCAAGGGCUGCAACAAGACCGUCGCCGGUGGUGCUUACACCGUCUCGACCCCCGCCGCCGCUGCCACCCGCUCCACCAUCCGUCGUCUCCGUGAGAUCGUUGAGAUCUAA